GCGGGCGCUGCCCUGGCAGCCCCGGGACGCGGUGGGACGCGGCCGCCAUGCUGGGAGCCGCGGGCCCCUUCCUCCGGCCGCAGCGGCGGGCAGGGGCCGAGGAGCGGCGGCGCAGGGUGGCCCCGCUGGCGGCGAGCCCCCCGCCGGCCGAGCGGGGAGAGGAGCCGCUCCUCCGGGGCAUCUUCGAGAUCGGCAAGAGGAGCUGCGACGUGGUGCUGAGCGCCCGGCGGCUGCGCUGGAGCCCCAUCGUGCCCGAGAGCCCCGCAGGUGAUUCCAGUACGGUUCUACAGGAUGAAGAGGAGAUUGUUGAGAUGAAGGAUGUAUUUUCAGUCAAACUAAAACGCCGUCGUUUUGUGGGACAGAAAAAAGGUGGUACUUUAUUGGGUAUCACUAUUUUUAAAUGCUUGCAUAAAGAAGAAAAUAAACUAACGGACUGUGCUGUCCAUUUAAACAACUUAAGUGAAGACCACUGUAAUUCAUGGUUUAGACAUCUAAAGGAAAUUUUGAAUGGCUUUCAAAAUAGACCAAAAUCCUUAAAAGUAUUUGUUAAUCCAAGCAGCCACAAACGAGAAGCCACUCAUGUUUAUUAUGAAAAAGUUGCACCACUUUUUAAGCUUGCUGACAUCAAAACUGAUGUCACAGUAACUGAAUAUGAAGGACAUGCUCUCUCAGUACUGAAAGAAUGUGAACUCCAGGCAUUUGAUGGGGUAGUCUGUGUUGGUGGAGAUGGAUCUGUCAGUGAAGUUGCUCAUGGUCUGCUACUUAAAGCCCAGAUAGAUGCUGGAAAAGGUACAGACUAUAUACCAGCGCCUGUCAGAGCGUCAGUUCCUCUUGGAGUAAUACCAGCAGGUACUACUAAUAUUUUGGCCCAUACUCUCUAUGGUAUUAAACAUGCAGUGACUGCAACGCUGCACAUUGUAAUGGGUCAUAUUCAACCAGUAGAUGUCUGUACUUUCAGUACUCCAAGCAAGCUUCUGCGUUUUGGGUUCUCAGCUAUGUUUGGUUUUGGUGCAAGGACUCUAGCUUUGGCUGAAAAGCACCGUUGGAUGCCCUCCAAUCAGCGGAAGGAUUUUGCUUUUAUCAAAACACUGGCAGAUCUCAAGCCAGAGGAAUGUGAAUUAUCAUUUCUACCUCUACAAAUUCCACAGGAAGACUGUCAUGAAAACGACAGGAAGAAGAAAGAGAAAAACAAAAAAAAAGGUAGCAAGGAUCAAUGGCACAAAAUUCAGGGUCACUUCCUGAAUGUGAGCAUUAUGGCAAUCCCUUGUCUGUGUUCAAUGGCACCAAGAGGCUUGGCACCUAAUACGAGCCAGGAAAAAAUGAAGUAUGAGUCUUUCUGCUGUCAAGAAGAACUGAAAUUCACACUUGUAUUCUGCCUUAAUUUUGCCAAACUUGGGAAAUGCAGCUUUACAUGUAGGGUUUUGGAAAACAAAUGAGUAUGUAAUCUGGUUGUUGACAUUGAUUCAUUUUGCCUUCAGCUCAUUGUUGAGAGCAUGCUUUGUGGUGAUCAAACAGCUAUCAGGUGAUAAAUCUUUGCAGCUGAUGUUUUCAGUGGAUUGUAAGCAGAAUAGCAAGUAUGAACUUCAUAAACAUGAAAAACAUGUACAUGAAAUACAACACACUCCCUCAUAUUAGAAUUCAGAAAGUUUUCUUAUGCAUUAUAUAUUCAGAAACUUCAUAUGUAGAACCACGCAUAAAAGACUAUGAAAUGAUUGUGGUUUAUUUACAUUUGAUUAUCUUAAGUGAAAAUAAACAUGCCUUGGAGCUGAUCAGGUAUUUCUCUUUGAAAUGACUUGCUGAUCUGGUAGGAUUUGAUUUGUUGAAAACAAUGCAGAAACAAGUUGUUUUGAUGAAGUUCUUGUUGGGAAGGUUUCUGUGCUACAGGAGUCCUACAGAAGUGCAUAUACUUCGUGAUAGUGCUGUGUUGUUAUCCCCUCUUAGGAACUUUGUUCAGCAUUUACUGUUACAGUCAGUAGAAAAAUUUUGAGAAGAAUUCAUAGAAUCAUAGAAUAUCCGAAUUGGAAGGGACCCACAAGAAUCAUGAAGUCCAACUCCUAGGUCCCCAAAGAACCACCCAAAAAUCAGACCACGUGUCUGAGAGCCUUGUCCAAAUGCUUCUUGAACUCCAGCAGGCUAAGUGACACAACCACUUUCCUGUUCCAGUGCCCAACCACCCUCUUGGUGAAAAUCCUUUUCCUGAAUAGGUUUGAACAGUCUUGAAUUGAAUAGUCUUUUUAAGCUUUGCUUUCUCCUUCCAUCUGUUCUGGCACCUUCUUCUCAGUGAUGGGGAAUUUUAUGACAACUCCAUGCAAUUACUGCAGGUUUGAAUGAGUCUUUCUCCUACAGUUGUUUAGUGGAUCCCUCUAUUUUUAUAUAUAAGGAAGUCCUUUUUUACACUCUUAAAAAUAAUCUUAGGAGUGCAGUCAGCUGGUAGGGUAGAAGGAGUUGAUGCUUCAGACAGGUAAAUUAUUUUUCAUAGUGAAUAAUAUCUUGACUGGAAAGCUUUCCAACAAAGGAGACAAAUGUUGCACAAAUUAUUGGAGAUGCAAGACCCGUUAUGGCAGCAUCAGCUAAACUCAGCUAGAUUUCUUCACUCUGUCUUAUUUUUUCCCCGAGAGCUUUUUGCCAUGUGAAGAUGUUUGAAGCAGCAUGAAGGCUUUAACUACUGCAUGGAACUCUACUUAUACUACCCUAAAUUUGCAGAAAUAUAAAGAACUGUCUAAACAAUAAGAGCCAUGUAGGAUGUUUGUGUCUCACAGUGUGUUAUGCCUCACUGCAGUUUGGACUUUCAAAAGAAUUAAUGAGAAUUCUUAGUCAUCUCAGGAAAUACAAGUUCAUAAAGGGGAAUGCAUUGCCUAGUAACCUGCUAUGUCUCUUCUGGUAACAAAUAUGGUAAAGAGAUGACUUUUUCAAUUGCACCAUUGCUGUUUGCUAAAUCAGUAAACUAGUGCUAUGCAGAGUGGCUUGAUGAAUGGUUAUAUAAAAAUUAUCUUUCUAGGUGGAGCUGUGUUGCAGUCUGAAAACAUUCCAGUUGUAGUUGUCAAGGUGUUAGGGGCCUGUGAGUGGGGAGAUAUGAAGUAGUAGGCUGGAAAUACUUUUUUCUGGAAACAUUCUUAGCCUUUUUACCAAGCGUACCCACUGAAUAAAUAAAUAUAUAUAUUCAGAAGAUAUAAAAUACAUAAUUGCUCUAUGAAGUAUAAUCUCAGCAGUGAUUGGCAUGUUCAUCGGAUAGGCUUGUUAAAAGUUGGUUUGUUUCCAUAACUUCAGUGAGACUUAGGAAUGGUUGUGUGGUGAGGUUCAGGUUGUUAGCUUCUGUGACAAGGUACAGUUGCAUUGCAGAGUCUGUGAAAUAAUAGUAGCUCAUUGAUUCAGAUUCUCAAAGGUGCUAAAUAUCAAUGCAGUUGGAUACCUCGUACCAUUGAGUAAGAGACCACUGUCAUUACAGUCUCUUCUUGAUUAACCUCUAGUGUACAAUGACCGUUUUCCACAAAAUUCCUUCCAGUUUUUUAAUUCUGUUCAAUGUGAAACAUGUAAAUAGAACUUUUCAGAGAACUUCUAAGAGAUCCUAGUCAGAGAACAGCAUCUUGCUUAGGGCAGCCUGAGUGCUAACGGUGGAGGUGAGUGAGUCCAUCUGCACUGGGUCAUAUAACAGGAAUGUGCUUGCACGUGUCAAGGGAACAGCUACUUGGCAUAUCUCUGCCUCACAACAUUUGUGGUGAUUGUUAUUAUUUGUUUGAGUGAAAAGUGUAAAGAUAAAUGUGUGAUUUUUAAGAAUUCCACUUUUAAGUAGAAAAGCAUUUUUUUUUAAAUAAUAUGUAUUAUGUUCAAUAAAUUGUACAUAUUGAUAAGGAAAUACAAUUUUAUUACUACAGUGUGUGUUAUAAAUAUAGAGAUGCUAAUUAACCUCAGUUGCAACAUUUUAAUUGAUCUAGAGCGGUAUGUUUUUUGUUUUGCUUUGGAAAAAAAAAAGUAUUUAUUUUUAAUUAUGACUAUUCUAUUAAAUUGCUCUUGCUCCUAGGCUUUUGAAGAGCCUAUUAAACUUCCAGUAAUUAAUUUAUUUCUGGGAACUAA